CUGCCCUACGCCCAUGGCAAUAGUUCAUCAUUCAUAAUCAUUUACCUUUUUAAGUUCCUUAUCUGAAAACUAACAAAUGGCUGCUUUUGCAUUAAAGCUUUCAUUUUUAGCAACAAUUUUCCUUCUCUUAGUCUUGAUUUCACCAACAAAAUCCAUGCUUGAUGCUCAUUACUAUGAUCAAACAUGUCCACAAGCUGAGAAAAUAAUCUUAGACACAGUUCGGAAUGCCAUCGUGCAUGACCCUAAAGUCCCAGCUCGUAUCCUUAGAAUGUUUUUCCAUGACUGUUUCAUAAGGGGAUGUGAUGCAUCAAUUUUGCUGGAUUCAAAUCCUGGAAAUCUAGCAGAGAAAGAUGGCCCUCCCAAUAUCUCAGUUAGAUCCUUCUAUGUGAUUGAUGAUGCCAAAGCCAUGCUUGAGACGGCUUGUCCACACACCAUUUCGUGUGCAGAUGUCAUAGCUAUAGCAGCAAGAGAUGUAGUGGCUAUGUCUGGAGGACCUUAUUGGAAUGUACUGAAGGGAAGGAAAGAUGGAAGGGUGUCCAAAGCUAACGAUACCAUUAACCUACCAGCUCCAACUUUCAAUGUGACACAACUCAUUCAAAGCUUUGCCAAGAGAGGUUUAGAAGUCAAAGACCUGGUUGCUUUAUCAGGAGGCCAUACUCUUGGUUUUUCACAUUGCUCCUCGUUUGAAGCUCGGCUUCGCAAUUUUAGUUCAGUCCAUGAUAUUGAUCCAAGCAUGAACAGUGAGUUUGCAGAGAAGCUAAGAAAGAAAUGCCCCAAAACUAACAAGGAUCAUAAUGCAGGAAAGUUCCUCGACUCAACCUCUGCAACUUUUGAUAAUGACUAUUACAAGCAACUCAUGGAAGGAAAAGGCGUGUUUGGAUCAGAUCAAGCAUUGUUUGGUGAUUACAGGACUAGGUGGAUUGUUGAAUUCUUUGCUAAGGAUCAAAGUUUGUUCUUUAGAGAAUUUGCAAGUUCAAUGGUGAAACUUGGUAAUGUUGGGGUAAUUGAAAAUGGAGAAGUCAGACGAAAAUGCCGAGUGGUUAAUUGAGACGGUUACUGAGUGAAUGCACUCAGAAGGCGAAAAUUUUUCUUUCUUUAAGUUUUUUUUUCCCCUCUUCUAUGAUUAGAAAUAAUGUGAGGCUGAUCAUGUUAUGAGUUCUCUAUAUCUCAAUAAAUUGCUGCUAUUUCCAUUGCUUGCUAAAA